CAUUUAGUUUCUUAGUCAAACAGAUCAUGAGUAGUGAAAGUAUGAAGCUCCCUUUGAUAGAGUUGAGCAACCUAGAAAAGGAUGAUUCUUCAAGAUGGGAAUCAACCAAAAUCCAAGUUCGAGAAGCCUUGCAAGAAUAUGGGUGCUUCGAAGCUACAUUUGAUCACAUUCCCCUUGAGUUGCUAAAAUCAGUUUCUGAUGUAACUCAACAACUUUUCAAUGUCCCUUUACCCAAUAAACUACGUAACAUAACCCACAAACCCUACCAUGGUUAUGUUGGACAAAACCCUUUUGUCCCACUCUUUGAAAGUAUGGGCAUCGACGGCGCCCUCUCGCCACAUGUAGUCGACACCUUCACCAACCUCAUGUGGCCUGAUCAAGGCAAUCCCACUUUCAGCAAGGAUAUACGGUUAUACUGUGAGAAAUUGUCUGAAUUGGACAAGAUUGUGAGGCAGAUGGUGGUCGAGAGUCUUGGACUGGAAAGCUAUAUCGAUGAACACAUGAACUCCACAGACUACGUCUGUCGUUUCCAAAUCUACGAGGCGCCUCGAAGCCCUCACCCAACCAUUGGAAUGGUUCCUCAUACCGACAAGAACAUCAUCACCACAUUGCAUCAGCUCAAUCAUGUUAACGGUUUGCAGAUUCUUACCAAAGAUGGCAAAAAUUGGAUCCCUGCGGAUCCCACAUCACUCAAUUCUUUCGUCGUCAUGCUCGGGACCUCUUUCCAUGCAUGGACAAAUGGGAGACUGCAUGCUCCAUAUCACAGGGUGUUGGUGAGCGGGGACGAAGCUCGGUACUCCAUUGGAUUGUUUUCGAAUCCGAAGGAAGGGUGCGUGAUUGAGGCUCCGUCCGAGUUAGUGGAUGAAGAUCACCCUUUGCUCUACAAGCCUUUUAAUCACAUCAAGUUCAUGGAUUUUUACUACUCAGAUGCCGGUAGGACUUCGCCCGACGCUCUCCAGGAAUAUUGUGGGGUCUAGAUUCCAUCCGCGGACGCAUGUUGCUGCUACGUAUUUUUCAGUUUUUUUAUGGAACAAAUAAAUAGAAAUUUAAAGGCAUGUGUUUGCUGUGGAUUCAAAUCCGAGACCUUUGGACUUUCCUUUUCAGCUUAUUAUAUAUGUGUGUACUAUCUCGUGUUGAAUUUACUUUUCCGUUUAUGCUUAGGAGUUGAUUAUAUUUAAUUUACCAUAACUUUGUCUCU